AACCAGUAAGCGCAUUAGUUAUCUGAGCCACCCUAACGAAGUAAUGAACAUAAACUGGGAUCUUGCUGCCUAAGUUAUGAUUUGUCUGAAGUUGUCUUACUUGGCGUCAAGGCAUAUUUAGACGAGCUGACGGCCAGACGGCCUAUAUAAUUCAUGCUGGAGGUUAAUCCUCACUUCAGACAUCCGCUGUUCAUGCCUUAAAUCGGUGACGUUGGUAUGGACCCAAAGGCAUCAUGGCGGAAAUACAUGACACUGGUCCCUGAAAACUCUUCAGCUGUUACGGGAACGCAAACCAAUUUUGCAAGUGGUAAAUUGAAGCGUCGGAGAGUACAUGAUGAAGAUGAGAAACACAAUGCCAAGCGCAAGUUGACUGAGUAUAACGUGACAAGCUCGCCUCUCCUUCGAAUUCCUGCCGAAAUCAGGAGAAUGAUAUUUGCGCACGUUCUUGGUGGACACUACGUACAUGUUGAACAAUUGCACCUAGGCAACGUCGAUCGCUACGAAAAGAAGGACAUCUACUUCGGACAAGGACUUUGGAACGAAAUAUGUCACGAACCAGAUCUUGAAGCUACGGCUUACAAAAGCUUCCGGGACGCCAAGAUGGGAAGUGACGCUGCGCCAACACCAUAUGGAAAAACGAAGGAUGGUGAGGAUUUGGCGCAAGGCUACCAUGUCGAUUCGUGGACGUACAGACACAGGGAGUGUGGAAAGGAGCCUGAGCUGCAUCGCUUCAACAUCGCGCUUGAGGAAUGGAAAGCAAGGAAGAGCUUGUCACUUGGCUGUCUACGCACCUGCAGGCUUGUGCACAAGGAGAUGCGUACUCUUCCGUACUCCGAGAACACAUUUUUGUUCCGCAAUCCAACCACAUUCCAGACGUUUGUUUCUUCAAUAAGGGCGGAGCAACUCCGGGCAUUACAGCGCCUGAGUUUGCCAAUUGCGGUUGGUUCGGCGCCCUUUAGCGAAGGCAGGAACAAACUUUGGACGAGCAUACUUUGGAACAGUCACCUUGCAAAUCGGAUGCAAAAGCUACGGCAUGUAGAUAUAACUGUGGAAUUAUACUUUCCUCGGGAUGCCUUUCAGGACCGCAAUCAACAGGUUCAAGCACAACCUUCCUAUAGCAAGCCUCGUAUUGAAGACUGCAUCGACUCUAUCAAUGUGAGCGGCACUCACGCAAUGAACACCUCAACUGACUGGACCAAGCAAUUUGCUCGUUUGAGCCCUGGAAUCCCAAAUUUUAGAAUCGUCGUAUGUGAUGAUCCUCUAAGCAUGUGGGGCAUUGUUGGACGAGUGACUGCAAUUCGGGACUGGAGAAUUAGGGACGAGAGGAUUUGGAUGGGAGAGAGGAAUCAGAAAUGCCUAACCGUCGAACAAAAGCAGGCACUUGGGCAGGAAUUGGAGGAGAGAUUAAGGGCUGAAGCUAAGUUGGGAUAAAGAAUGCACUCAUAAACCGGAACAUGUGUUUAUGGGUAAACAUUCCAUGAAAUAAUCUCAUCAACUUUGUGCCCUGGGAACUAUUUUUGUUAGAAGAAAGCAGUGGCGAAGCAAAGCCGUGCAUAGUUUAAU